AUGUUCGGUGCUACUCAACACGCAACAACCACGGAGACCUACGCGCUUGCCAGUAAGGCACGUUCAAAGCUGCUUAAUUGUGCGGCGCAAUCCAGCAAAAAAGAUCUCAACCUUCGUCUUCUAGUGGGACAUGCGAAUCUACUUGACAAAGUAAUGGAAUCCUUACACAACCAUGAUUCUCAAGAUGAUGAUGCAGAACUGGAAGAAGAUGAGCCUAAUUUCGAUGAAAUGGAUGAGCCCGUCCAUCUCGUUCACGACGAUGAUGAGAAGAGUCCAAAUUACGUAACCGGCGGAUCACACGUGACAUUCACGCUGCCGGCGGCUCCUGAACACACUAUCUACGAAUACGACAGCGACAGCGACAGCGACAGCAACAGCGAAGACGAUGACUACAGCGAUGGCAGUGACGACAGCGAUGACUACGAGUAUGACGAAGACUACCAAGUAUACGACUACGACAAUCUAGUAAGAGCACGUCAGGGCGUGGAACAUGCUGCUUAUCUCCGCAGACCGGCCACCCAUACGCUUGCGCAUGGGGAAAGCAUGAAGAAGCCCAGUGGAGGCGAUCUUCUUCUGGUGUCGAUUCCAGAAGAUAUCGAAGAAGGUGACCAAUUGGGCAACCCCGCUCCACACCAGUUGACCUCGGUAUGA